AUGCUGCGGGAUCUUCCGGUCAAUUUCGAUCGUCAUACCGAAGAAAACGGUCGACUUGAGGGAGCCGCGAGCGUGAGAGCCCGGAAGGACGCAGGGGCCGCGAGAGACAACCAGCAAGCGCUCUGGGCGUCUCCGAUGGCGCAGAAUGACCGUCAGGGGGCGCGCGGGCAGGCGGUAGUCGAGGACGAGACAGAGAAGAUCGAGGCGCUGCUCGACAGCGACUCGGAGGACGACGCGGGCGCGCCUGCGCGGGCCACCGCUGCACCAGAGCCCGCUCAAACCGCUUCGGAUGCAGUCCCGCGCCGCGGCGGGGACUCAGGCUCGACAAGCACCCGCGUCUACGUUGACAAGACGUCAACAGGUCCCGUAACGCACCGUGUCGGAAGGCGCCUGCUUCGCGCGCAAGGCGACGAUGCCUCGCCGGCGUCCGGGAACCUCGACGGCUUGCUGGACAGCGACGACGAUGACAACAACAACGCAGGCAGUAACAGCGCCGCGCACGAGUCCGCGGGGGACCUGGCCGACGUGCUCGCGGGCCUCAGCGUCGCAAACAAGGCCCCCGCGGAUGCCGGACCGCCAAGCGCGGCCCAGAGCGCGUCGGACGCCGCGCGAGCGGUGUCGAGCCACCCCGCGGGGACCAUGCGCGACGACACCCCGCCACCGCGCACGGCUCACUCCCGGCAAGGAUCGGACGAGGCACCGACGGGCCCCGGCGAGAUACGGCUGCCGGGGGGCGGUUUCCGGCUGCCCCGCGACGCCGAGCGGCGGCUGUACGCCCACCAGGUGCAGGGUGUGCGGUGGCUGCUGGGGCUGUGGCAGCGGUCCAAGGGCGGCAUCAUCGGCGACGACAUGGGUAUGGGCAAGACGAUGCAGACGAGCGCGUUCCUUGCGGGUCUCAUAGCGGGCGGAGCGGCGCGCAGGGCUCUUGUGGUGGCGCCCAAGUCGUUGGUGGAGCAGUGGGCGGCGGAGCUGCGGCGCUGCGGGCUGGACGCGGGCGGCCGCGUCGUCACGUUCUACGAGGCCGCGCCGGGCGCGCGCGCCCAGGCGAUGUCCGCGGCGUUCCGCGGCGGUGCUGUCCUGGUCACGACGUACGGAAUGCUACAGCACAACGCGCCGUUGCUGGCGGGGGACAUGGCCGCGGCGCGGGCGCUCGGCGGCGACGCGCUGGCGGGCGACGCGGCGGACGCGGUCGAGGCGGCCGACGCCGGGCUGUGGGACGUGAUAGCGCUGGACGAGGGCCACAAGAUCAAGAACGCAAAGAUGCAGCUGGCGCAGAAAGUGCGGGGCGUGCCGGCGCGGAUGCGCGUCGUGAUAUCCGGCACGCCGAUCCAGAACAACCUGCUCGAGAUGUGGGCGCUGUUCGACUUCGUGUACGAGGGCCUGCUCGGCGACGCCAAGUGGUUCCGGGACACGUACGAGCGGCCCAUCUCGCGCGGGGCCGCCCGCGACGCGACGCCGCGCGAGGUCGAGGCGUCGCGCGUCAUUCUGCGCGACCUGCAGGCCACCAUAGGACCAUACUUCCUCCGCAGGGAGAAAAAAUCACACGCGUCCAGCAGCACGCCGGCCCCGGCGCCCACCGCUACCGACGCGGCACCGGCCUCGCAGGUCUCGGCCGUCGCGCCGCCUGCUUCCGGCCCGCGCGACGCCGAACGCCCCAAGAUGGGCACCCUGGGGCACAAGAACGACCUGAUCGUGUGGCUGCGGCUGCGGCCGCUGCAGCGCGUGAUCUAUGAGGCGUUCCUGGGGUCCUCGGAGGUGCGGCAGGCGCUGAACUCGACGCAGUCCCCACUGGCGGCACUUACCGUGCUGAAGAAGGGCGGCGAGGCGGUGUCGGGGGAGUGGUGGGGCUGGGCGGCGGCGCACCGCGGUUCGCUGGACGACGCGAUCGUGGACGCGCUGCGCGAGACCGGCGCGGACGCGUCGUGCAAGACGGCGUUCGUGGUGUCGCUGUGCGAGGAGCUCGUCGCGCGCGGGCACCGCACCCUGGUGUUCUCGCAGUCGCGGAAGAUGCUCGACAUCCUGGAGGCGGACGUGCGCGCGCGCGGGUGGCGGUUCUGCCGCAUCGACGGCACUGUGUCGUCGGUCAAGGCCAGGCAGGCCGAGGUGGACAAGUUCCAGUCGGACACAAACAUCCCCCUGUUUCUGCUGACGUCAGGCGUGGGGGGCCUCGGUCUCACGCUCACGGCGGCGGACCGCGUCGUCAUCGUCGAUCCGUCGUGGAACCCCGCGACCGACAACCAGUCCGUCGACCGCGCGUAUCGCAUCGGGCAGUCCCGCGACGUUGUCGUAUACCGCCUCAUCACGUGCGGCACGGUCGAGGAGAAGAUCUACCGCAAGCAGGUCUUCAAACAAGGCCUGGCGCGCGCGGCGCAGGGCGGCGCGGACGCUGGCGAGGAGGCGGCGCUGCGCUACUUCACGCAGAGCGAACUGCGGCAGUUGUUCGAGGUCACCGCUGCGGGGCUGCAGGCGAGCGAGACGCAGGCGCAGCUGCACGAGAUGCACGCGCAGCAGCGCCGCGUGACGCCGGAGCUGCAGCGCCACCUCGACUGGCUCGCGGGCGUCGACGGUUACGCGGGGAUAAGCGACCAUGAUCUCUUAUACGUACAGGACGCCGCGGACACGAGCGGGACGCCGCAGCCCCGCCAGACGGUGCAGAGUAGGCGCGGAGCGGCGCCGGAGUGGACGCGCGGCGUCGGGACGGGAGCGAAGGGCGGCGCGAUGGCACGGAAGAUGGCAGCAGCGGCGUCGCGCGGGGCGGCGCCGGGCGGCGUGCUCGACGCGAUCAUCGCCCGGGACAACGCGGCGAAGACGAGUGGGCCCGGUGGCCUCCCAGCAGCGCAGGUGCGGGGUGCGGGGUGGCUGCAGCCGUCGCAGUACAGCACUGCAGCAGCGCCGCAGCCGCCGCCCGCACCGAAGGCGCCGGAGGAACCGAAGGAGGUGCGGGAGGCGCGGCGGGCGGUCGACGCCGCGCAGGCGGAGCUGCAACGCGCCCGGCACAUGCUCCCGGCGGCGGAGAAGCUGCCUGACGGCGGCGCGCGGGUGCACGCCAGGGUCGCUGAGCUGGAGCGCACCGUGGCGGAGAAACGCCGCGCGCUGGCCGUCGCGACCGGCGAACCCGUCGUGGAGGAGCUGGGCGACGCCGCGAAGGCGAGUGCGCCGCCGGCUGAGCCGUCGGGGCAGGGGGGGAGUGAGCGGGACCUGUCGGCGAUGCUUGGGCGGUUGAACAUCCGGUCGCGGGACGCCGGCGAGGCCACGGGGCGCGGCGAGGAGGCCAAGCGAGAGAAGGCGGAGCAGGGUGCGGCGCGGGGCGAGGGGGGGGGGUCCUGGCGGGGCGCACGAUCGGGUCUGACUGAGGGGGAGUUGCGCAAGAAGCAGAAGAAGUACGCGAGGUUCGUCGAGGGGGGGUAUUUAGAGAGCGGGCAGUACUCGGAGAAGGAGCAGCACGUGAUCCGCCGGCGGCUGGCGGAGUACCGAGCGGACCUUGCUGCCCUGGAAGGCGCAGAUGCGUGA